CCGAGUCCGGGGCUGUGCUUUAGAAUCACCUCAAUGGACGGUCAGAUCACCGAAACUACGGGCCCUCUCCCUGCACCCAGGGCGGCAUGGUGCCAGGGGCCGGCGAUCCGAGUGCGGCGCUAUGUCCAGAACGGCUUCGAGCGUGCCACUGAACGCGGUACCAGUGGGGAGUUCUCAACCGGGGCCGACGAAGGGUUCCCGCUGGAGCACGCCACCGUCUACAUCACUCUGGGCGGAGACGACGUGUCAUCCUACGCGCUCGCCAAGAACAGAGACAGACGGUCGCGCAAGGGGCGCCACGACUCACGGGGCUCCGAGCACGCUGUCCAGAUGACAGGCCGCGGCCCCACCAUCAUAUCGGGCGUGGAAGACGGUACCGCUCCGAGGCCAAGGCCACCUCCUUCACCCCCCACCGCCGGCGCCGCGGGAUUCGAGCUCGGGCGGCGUCGGUCACCAGUCCACCUCGCUUCCAGGAUAGCAGCGGGCCCUGGACCUUCCGCGGCGCCAUAUGCCGGCCCGAGGGCAGGUCGGGCCUGCGGAAGCUGCGCUGGGACCUGUCCGAGAAGGCGCUCGAGCCGGACCAGCCGCACCAGCACGAGUACAAGACGGCCUUCGCCUUCGAGCACAGCCGGCGGCCCCGUCUACAUGCGCAGUCGAGAUCGAGGGCCGCCUGAGGAGUAG